AAAAUGUUUCAAUCCUCCUUGUUCAAUUUCAAUAGAGAAUAUUACACUUCCAAUAAACGAAAGAAGAAUAAUCACAAUACGAAAGUGAAAGAAAGUAAUGAUGUGAUGGGAAUGCCAAUCGAUUUUUCGAUACCUGUGACUUUGACAGAUCAUAACGAGAAGGAUUUUAAUACCAAUUCCUCCUUUUGGAGUUCGAAUGGAAUGUUUGGACUUUCGAAUAAUGCUUUUGCACAUUUAAAUAAUACUCUACAAACCACUCAAUAUACAUCCAGCAAUAUGAAUCAAGAUUCUCCAAAUACAUCCCCUGCAUCAUCAUCCACCACCAUUCCAAUGCAAAUGAUUCAAGAACGAGUAGAAACUAGUUUACCUAAACAUUAUUCGAUACAUAUCGAAUUGGAUCAUGAACAACAACAUUAUCCACAAUCAAAUAUUGAUCAUCAACAGCAGCAUCACCAACAUUUGAAUCAGAAAUUCGUUUCACAAGAAGAAUUUUUCCAACAAGUUUAUGCUAGAUAUCAAUCCACAGAUUCAGAUGCACUUUCGAAUAAUUCAUACCAUUCAAAUACAUGUAGCAAUAGUACACUCAGUAGUAGUACAAGUGGUAACAACAAUCUUGAUGGACAGGAGGUUGCCACAAGUAUCUUUACUUCAUUCUCAUUUUGGGGUUAACCAUUUUAUUCGAAACACCACAAAACUAAUGUUGUACACUAAAUGUAAAUAAAAUUUCAUUUUGAU